AUGUGGCCCAUGUACAAAGACACCAAUCGUCCUGCCGGUGUCGAGUCAGCAUCGUGCCGAGGCGGUAGUGCGACCAACUCGGCUUGGGCGCAAAAUGGCGCAAGAGCAGUCGGCAAGGAAGUAUCGAAAAUGCGGAGAAACGAGUACAAACUGGGCUUUAGCAGUGAAUUUCAUAUAAGUUUAAAGAGCUGGAUAGUUUUUGGACUUGGUGUUAACUCGAAGCUUUUGAAAGAAUGCGUUUCAGCUCUGAUGAUGAUCGAAAGCUCUGCCAGGUUUCACGCGAAACGAGUAGAGGGGAUGAAUCUUAACGUUGGGCUAAAGCCAAACGGCUGCAGAACAACGCGAAUCAGGCGUCGUCUUGCGGUAAGGUCGGCAUGCCAAUCUCUGCUUCAUGUGACAUGA